AUGGGCAAAUUCCAGGACGAACCCAUCCCCUCCCCCAACCCAGCCACGCCUGUGGGGGAGUCACCUUCAUCGAUCAACCUCAAUUCACACGGCGGACCAUCUUUGAACUCGACCGAGCGCUAUUUCGACGAUGACCCAACCGAGCUCCAUGCCGAUGACCUCCCUCCCCUCUACAGCGACCUCGAGCAGGGCCCAUCGGAGCCAAUCAACCCUCUGAUCCCCCCCGGAACCAACGCUCUCAAGGUUCGACCGUUUCUGCAAGACAAGAACAAGGGCAUCGAAUACUAUCUCGACCACCGCCUGGACACGAAUCCCGAGUUCCUCGCCGAGCAUCUAGCCCACCUCGCCGUCAUCCCUCCCCGACCCCACGUCCACAUCCGUGGCGUCCACUCUGAGCAGGUCCGUAAAUCGGACGGCAAGUCGGAACGCCGCGAGAUCGUCGAUUUCAACCUGCAGAUCGAGCUCACCCACCUGCUGUACGAGGACAUCCAGGCGCAGAGGCCCUUCCUCCGCGAGAACACCACGGCGGGCAACUUCGAAAAGGUCCGCCGCGGCACCGUCUUCCCCACCAGAGCCCCCGGCUUCGGAGGCGCUGGCGUCGCCGAGGAGGGCACCCCCUCGGUCGAGGAGUGGUGCUCGCGGUACUGCAAGAGCCGCGCGGGACUCAAGAACUUCUCGUUCGAGCGGCAGAUCGAGGGGUGGGACUUUGACCUGCUGCGGGGCAAGCUCGAGACCCUCCUGCGAUCAACCAACUACCGCGGCAGGCUGGCCGUCGAGUUCCCCGUGCUCAACGCCCGCGUCGAGAUCUACAACGACUGCCUCACGAACCGCUGGCGGCUGACCAAGUGGAUCGAGAUGAUCUUCGUCUUCACCCUCAUGUUCGUCUUCACCUGGCCGUGGCUCCUCCUCCGCACCGCCCGCUGGGAGGCGGUCAACGCCAGGUGGCACCUGAGCGCCGUGGAUACCGUCGGCCGCAAGAAGUACGCGACCCUGAGCGAGGAGCAGUGGUACAACAUGUGGGCGCGGCCGAUCCAGAAGGCGGCGCUCGAGCGGAGGCAGGGGACGCUGGACCAGGGGGACCUCAACAGGGCCGGCCUGACGCCCGACCCCCAGGGCGGCUUCGCGAGCGCCGUCCAGGCUGGCGUCGAUGCCAUGGGCGUCGUCAACAGAUCUUUCGGCUGGGGCGGCGACAGCUGA